AUGUCAUCACUUGGUAAAUGUGCUCGUUGUAAUAAAACUGUAUACAAUGUUGAAGGUUUCACAGCUGUCAAAAAAUGUUUCCAUAGAUCAUGUUUUAAAUGCAAGGUUUGCAAUUGGCAAUUAACUCUUACUUCAUACAAAUCUAUUAAUGAUGAAAUUUAUUGUGCUAACCAUUACCCAGUUAAUGGUUUCUCAAAUCAAGGUGAACAAAGGUGCGCUGAAAUAACAAAUAUUAAUAUUUUUUUAUUUUUAGAUGCACCAAAAUUAGAUACAGUUAAUAAUCAAGUUAGAGGUGAAGGUGAAAAACCAAAUACUGGUGUUAGUGAUUUAGUUACUGCAAAUGCUCUCAAAGCACCAAAAUUAGACACAGUUAAUAAUCAAGUCAGAGGUGAUGGUGAUAAACCAAACACUGGUGUUAACGAUUUAGUUACUGCAAAUGCUCUCAAAGCACCAAAAUUAGAUGUAGUCAAUCAACAAAUUUAUAAUACUUCUGGUGAAAAACCAUCAAUUGAUUUAGAAACCAUUUCAAUUAAUAAAGCAACUAGUGCACCAAAAUUAGAUGUUCAAAGUGGUUAUCAAAAGACCUCUGCUCAUUAA